UCAUGGAAGUUGAAGAUGAUGAACCUUUAAAAAAUAUUUCAGAGAAACCUGUUAUAAGCUUUUUUAAUGAAAAUGAUGAAUCCCCUUCUCCACUGCUACCAGCAAAUGAUUUUCUUUCGAGAUUACAAUUCAGACAAGCUCCUUACGAUGUUCCACCAAUUUAUCAAGGAGUUCGUUUUAUGGUUUAUUGCAUACUUGCAAAAGGAGUCGUACCUAAAGAGAAUAUUACACUUUCCGCAAUGUCUCAGGACGGUCCAAUGAGAUUGGAAAUUCCAGUGGAUCCCGUCAAACUGGAGGGAUCUAAAAUACAUACGCUUGCAGCACGCAAACUCAUACAAAAUCUUGAAGAUGGAACUUCGUUUCUUCAUAACCAUCAGAAAUAUCAAGGAAAACAAGUUCCUAAUUCUGUUGUUCGUAAUCAGAUCGUUUCUCUAAGUAAAACAUAUAGUUUGGCAUCCCGUUAUACGAGUUUUAUAGCGAUUGAUGAACGAGAUAUAGAUAUGACCAAAGAACAGGAUAAUAAACCACUACAAAGAGUGGUGCCAAACUAUAUCCCACCCAAUUAUCAUGUUUUUGGAAGGAGCUACGCAAGCACGGGUUCCUCUUUGUUCAACAACAGUAAACACGCGGUUUUUGGUGCACCACCUCCUUCAGGUGGUCCUGGUAGUGGAUCUACACCAUUCAGUGGACAAACCCAAAAGAGCUUUUUCGGCCCAAAUCCAGCUUUUGGAUUUGGCAGCGCACAAACACAAAGACCAACACCAACACCAUACUCUUUAUUUUACAACGCACAAGCACCAACACCAGCUUUGGGAUUUUGCAGCGUACAAACACAAGCACCAGUUUUUGGCGAACAACCACGAACGCAAGCUUUUGGCGCACAAGCACAAACAACAGCUUUUGGAUUUGGCAGUGCACAAACACAAACACCAGCUUUCGGAGCAAAACUUACAACAACCAGCGGAUCUAAUUCACUAUUUGGUGGAUUUCAACCAAAUCAAGAAGACAACAUGUCAAAUUUGCCGAAUCUAUCACAAUUUGGUGGAUUCGCAGUUACAACUCAUGCAUCUCCAACA